CCGAUUUGAUGAUAAAGUUUUAUUUAUAGAACGAAAACGAACUUGCAUUUUCGUUCCUUCUGUUUCAAUGGCCUAUUCUGUCUACUUGUUGUGUCCAUUGUGGAAUACACUGAUCCUGGGAGCUAUUGUCGCUGAUGCCGAUGUGCAUCUCAAUGGUCAGUGGUUAAUGGUCAGGCAGUCAGUGCAUCUAGUCCAUUUCACUCCCCAUUGGUUCACUCUCCACGGCUCCUUCGUCCGUUUCCGUAUCCUGUCCUUCAUUCUUUAUCUCCCUCCAUUGGCGUAACGAGAUUAAAAUAACAUGCAGUGCAACGAUGAUGGGGAAGCAAAGAAGUAAUGCACUGUGCAGCAGUAAAAAGGAUCGCGAUUUGAUCUGAUAUCAUAUCAAGCAUCAGCCUGUGGGUUGUGGUUCAGGAACCAAGUGAGGAAUAAAUUUUUGCAGAGAGAGAGAGAAUAUAGCACUAUGACAAUAUGACAGCAUGACAGCGCAGGACAUGGUGCACUAUGACCGUCGCAUUCAAGAUAGAUCGCGAUCACGAAUAACGAAUUCCCUUUGUUGCUUGAAUGAAAGCGGAUGUACGUGGCCAUGGUCCUCAAUCUGUCAUAACACUAACUGACAAUGCAAAAAUAGAUGAGGGUACCCAUGCAGCCCUGCCCUAUCUCUCCACCUAUGUACCCCAUCUUGUAUGAUGCUACAGGUCUCAGGACGCUAUGGUUCUGCAACCCAAGGGCAAUCUCGCGAGAGAGAUAGAGGAGGAGAGCGAGAGGGAGGGAGAGAGCACAGCGAGCGGGAAAUAAAAAAAAAUAGAUGCUGGAGGAGUAUACAUAAUCC